AUGGCGUUUCCAUACCCGCUCAUUGCACUCGAAGAGCAUUGGCUCGCUCAAUCUGUCCGAGACUUUUAUGUCGCCAACAAUGCUAAGCACCCCAAUGACGAGAAUGGUCUGGUAGGGAUGGUAACUCCCGUUCUCAUGGAACUCGGGGAGACGCGACUGAAGGCCAUGGACGAGAGCGGCGUGUCUUUACAGAUCGUCAGCCACGCACCGAAUUCACUUGCUUUAGACCAUGCAACGUGCGUGAAGGUGAACAAUGAGCUGAGUGAUCUCAUGGAAGCUCGACCUGGUCGAUUCAGAGGAUUUGCGACAGUUUCCAUGGCAGAUCCCGAGGCUGCAAGCAGAGAGCUCCGCCGCUGCGUAGAGGAUUUGGGGUUCGUCGGUACUUUGAUUGACAGCAAUUGCGAGGGGCGGUUUUACGACAAUCCCUUCUUCUGGCCGGUGUUUGAGGCAGCUGCGGAGCAUGACGUACCGGUGUACCUCCAUCCGGCGCCUAACCCUCAAACAAAGCCGUUGCUAUACAACGGCAACUAUCCGGACGCCGUCGCGGAAUCAUUGAGCGAGUAUGGCUGGGGCUGGCAUAACGAGACGGCGGUACAUUUCUUGCGGCUGUUUGCGGCGGGACUGUUCGACCGCUAUCCUACCUUCAAGAUCGUCCUAGGGCAUCUUGGGGAGAUGUUGCCUUUCCAACUCGACCGCAUCGAGGCCAUCACCAUGCGACAAUGGCCACAUCUAGGCCUCAAGCUCAAGAGGAAUCUGCGCCAGGUUUGGGACGAAAAUGUUUGGAUAACGACUUCGGGCAUGUUCUUCUUGGCGCCCAUGGCGGCUGUCUUGAGGCAAUGUAAGCCUGACCGGAUCCUGUUCAGCGUUGACUAUCCCUUCGUUCAGAACGAAGCCGGGCUGGCGUUUUUGAAAGCUUUAAAGGCCGAGGGUAUGGUCAGCGAUGACGUGUUGGAAGGCAUAGCAUAUAGGAAUGCUGAGAGGUUGUUAAAGGUGACCGCCAAGUAG